AUGGCGCCGGUGCGCGGCCCACCGGCCACCGGUCCGCCGACGGGUCUGCGCACUGAAGCGCCACAGGGCUCACAGAUUUGGGGGCAUAUUCUCCGGAACAAAACCAAAUCCGAAGAUCAGGGCCGGCUCCAUGCCGACCGGUCCGCCGCCUGA